AUGACAAUUGAUAUCAGGGUAUUGUCACAAGAACUUGCUAGCACCCCACCUAGAGGUUGGAACUCCUAUAACGCAAUCAGCUGGACUAUUACAGAGAAAGAGUUUUUGCAAAAUGCCGAAAUCAUCUCCAAGAAGUUACUUCCUCAUGGAUAUGAGUAUGUAGUUGUGGACCAUCUGUGGUAUAGGAGAAAUGUGACCGGCGCUAGUGCAGACAAUCUUGGGUUUGAUGUAAUCGAUGAAUGGGGGAGACCGAUGCCUGAUCCAGAUAGGUGGCCUAGCUCCAAAGGUGGGAAAGGGUUUACUGAAAUGGCAGAUAGAAUACAUAAAAUGGGUUUGAAGUUUGGAAUUAAUGUUAUGAGAGGAAUAAACACACAAGCUGUAGAAGCCAAUACUCGUAUCUUGGAUCCUCUCUUGGGGAACGUUUACGAUCAUGUCAAUGGAAAAAUUUGGACUGCACAAGAUAUAGGGAUCAAGGAAAGGACUUGUGCUGGGAUGCAAAAUGGUUUCAUGAGUGUGAAUACAACCUUUCAAGCAGGAAGGUUCUUCUUGGCAGAUCUCUAUCAACUGUAUGCCAGUUGGGGUGUUGAUUUUGUGAGACAAGAUUGUGUGUUUGGUAAGGACUUGGAUAUGAAUGAAAUAUCCUAUGCAUCAUUGCUUUUGAGGAAUCAAAGACCUAUAUUAUAUUCUGUAUCUCCUGGAAUUGGAGCAACACCUAUGAUGGCCAAAAGUGUAAGUAGUGUAGUGAACAUGUACAGUAUAAUUGGGAAUGAUUGGGAUGACUGGGGAGAUGUUGUAGCCCGUUUUGAUGUUGCCAGGGAUUUUGCUGCUGCGAAUAUGAUUGGAGCAAACAGCUCAUGGCCUGACUUAGAUAUGCUACCACUAGGAUGGCUUAAUGAUGGAGAUUUCAAUGAAGGUCAACAUAGAGAGACUAACCUCACACUAGAGGAGCAAAGAACUAUGAUGACCUUGUGGUGUAUGGCCAAGUCUCCUCUCAUGUUUGGAGGAGAUGUGAGAAAGCUUGAUGAUACAACGUACAGUCUCCUAACAAAUCCUACCUUGCUUGAGAUCAAUUCUUUUAGCUCAAAUAAUAAGGAGUUUCCAUACAUGAAAUCUAAAGGACUUCGCUCUUGGGUUGCAACUGGAAGACAAGGAGAAAUAUAUGUUGCUUUAUUUAAUCUGAGCUCAAAGACGACUACUAUAACCGCAGAAAAAUCAGACUUGGCCAAGGCACUUCCUGGGACAAAAUUGACUACCAGAGCUUCCUGCAAAAGCAAUGAAGUAUGGAGCCGACAAGACCUGGGGAUUAUAGAACACUCCAUAUCCAUUUCUGUAGAAACCCAUGGGACUGCACUAGUUGUCCUACAUUGCAGUUAG